AAUGGAGUUGAAAGGUGAAAAUGACAUGGUUGUUUUGGUAAACGAAUAGGAAGGAACCACGUGAUGAAAUGGACAUGAAGAGAAAAGGGUGCUAGGUUUAAUAUAAAUAGAAGUAAGAAGCAGUUAGUGGUUGUGAAGAGAGGAGGCAAGCGACCAAACCUCAGAGAAAUAACAGUAUUAGAGGAAGAAAAGAGAAACAAGACCGUUGUUAAUUAGAUACAGGAGAUCAGCGAACAUGGGAAGAUCUCCUUCUAGUGAUGACUCUGGUCUCAAGAAAGGUCCUUGGACUCCUGAAGAAGAUGAGAAACUUGUGAACUAUGUCCAAAAACAUGGCCAUAGUAGCUGGAGAGCUCUUCCUAAGCUUGCUGGUCUUAACAGGUGUGGGAAGAGUUGUAGGCUAAGAUGGACGAACUACUUGAGACCUGACAUCAAGAGAGGGAAAUUUUCUCCAGACGAGGAACAAACUAUCUUGAACCUUCAUGCAGUUCUUGGAAAUAAGUGGUCAACGAUUGCAAACCACUUACCGGGGAGAACAGACAACGAGAUCAAGAACUUCUGGAACACUCAUCUGAAGAAAAAGCUGAUCCAAAUGGGAAUAGACCCAAUGACUCACCUGCCUAGAACUGAUAUCUUCUCCAGCUUAUCUCAGCUCAUGUCUCUGUCCUCUAACUUAAGAGGUUUUGUUGAUAUGCAGCAACAGUUUCCAAAUGGUCAAGACCAAACUAUACUGAAACUCCAAACCGAGAUGGCCAAACUCCAGUUGUUCCAAUACCUUCUCCAACCACCUACCAUGAGUAACAACAUUAGCAACCCUAAUGACUUUGACAUUCUCAGUCUCCUUAACUCCAUUGCCUCCUUCAAAGAAAUUACCAGCAACAAUCUAGACCUUGGUUCCUAUCUUCAGGACUUUAACAGCUUACCAUCCUUAAAAACCCUAAACUCCAACAUUGGACCAUCUUCUGUUUUCCCCCAAAUUCCUGAAGACAAUCACUUCAAGUUCUGUAAUGAAAGGGAGAACUUACCAGUAUCUCCAAUCUGGCUCUCGGAUCCUACCAACUCUAACCAGAACAUGCUACCAUCUCUUGAUCCUUCCUCUGCGGUGAGUGAUGAUAUGAUUAGAAACCAAUAUGUUAUUGAACAUGUCAAUAGCAAUCUCACCUCUUCAAGUCAAGAGUCAGGAGCUUCAGCUUCAGCUGCAUGGCCUGAUCAUCUAUUGGAUGAUUCCAUAUUUUCCGACAUUAUUCCUUAGCCUUUGCUGGUAUGU